AUGUCUCUCGCUACGAAAAAACGUUUUGUGAUGAAACAAGCCGAAAGUGAAUUGUUCUUGCCGAAAGAGAAUGAAAUCAUCGCACGUGUUUUGACAUCUCCAGGAAGGAAUUUGCACGAGGUGGAUGAUGAAAAUGGCGAGAAAUAUUUAGUAAGCAUGCCAAGGAAAUUUAGGGAGACAAUUUAUGUCAAACGAGGUAGUUUUAUUUUUGUUGUGCCGAUAAAAGAAGGCAUCAAAGUGAAGGCAGAAAUUACGCAGAUUUUGGAUAAAGAAAAUGUUUUAUAUCUAAGGGAGCAGAAAAUGUGGCCCAAAAGAUUCGAAUCAUAUGCAGAAAGUAUAACUCGUGAAGCAAAGAGAGGUAUUAUUGCUGGUAGUGUGAAAAGGCAUGACGUUAUCGAUGAAGAUAUGUUACCACCCAGUGAUACGAAUGAUGACAGUGAGUGUGACACGAGUGAUGAAGAUAAUGAAAAGAAGGAUGAAGACAGCUCGAUGGGCGAUUUCUCCGAUUUAACAGAAAGUGAAGAACUGGACGAAGAUGAUGAGACGGAAAAUAGUGAUGAAGAAUCACAAAAUGACGGUCUUGCUUUCAAAAUAUAUAAUCCAAAUCGAUUAAGGCGAUUAUAA